AAUAAAGUUAACCCUAAGACCAAAUUCUUCCUCGCUUCUUCUUGUCAUGCACCGCAACCCUUCCUCAUUGUCUCAGUGUGUUCUCUUUGUAACCGAAAUACAUUAAUCAUUCAUCAUCGUUUCUCUUUAGCGCCCUCUUUCUAACCAAAACCCACCUUUAUUCAUCACAACACAAUAAUCAUCACGGCAACAAGCUUUGUAACAUUUUGGCCAUAUUUUAACGAAAUCGCGUUCCCCCAGUUUAAGAAUCACACAAAUUUGGAUUUGCAAUCCGGCGAGAAACGGACUCAGUGGUAUAGCCGCAGUUACACUGAAUAACAUCUGCUUGGAAUAGGUUUAGAGAUAGUUGAAUUCAGUUUGUUGUGUGAUAAAUUGGUGGUUUGGGUUUGAGUUGAAAAAGUUAGGGUUUUGUUAAAUCCCAAAAUGUCGGCCGGUAAACCCAAAGACAAGGAAUUUCAGAUGGUUCCAGCGCCGGGAACGUCGAAACCGCCAGUACCUCCAGCAUCAAAUGCAAUAGUAGAAUAUACUCCGCCUGUUUUUAAGGAGGAAGAAGAGGAUUUGGAAAUCAAGCUCCGACGUAUCAUAGACAAUGUCCCUGUCCGUGUCAGCAACACUUCCGGUAGUUCUGCUGGUUCUGGCUCCGGGGAUUUCCACCAGUAUCGGCAGAUGAGGCGCAAGGAGCAGGAUCGACUUGCUAGGAUGGAAGUUGACUACCAAAAAAGGAAAGAACUAGCAGAAUUUGCUAUGAGAAGGGAGGAGAGAUUAAAAGCUGCUGAGGAACGGACAGCAAAGAAGCGAGCAAAACGUCAAAAGAAAAAGCAAAGGAAAAAGGAGAAAAAGAUCAAAACAAAUGAUGGAGAACCGCAGCAAGAGAAACACGAUUCUUCAGAUGAUGGGGAUUCUGAUAACGAUGAGGAGGCAGCACCUUGAAACCAGCUCCUGUUGUACCCCAAGUUUUUUAAAUUUGGUUGAAGCUAAGUAUGCUAGGUGGGCAUAUCUGGCCUAAGGUAAAACACAGUCAUGACUCGGGUUUCUAUGAUUUGUUUCCCAUAUGUAUGUGAGUUGUGAGAUACUGAGUUUAGAGGCAAUACAAUCAAAUCAUCCAAUGAUGUUGUUUAUUUUAAAGAGAACUAAGUGCUUGUUUGCAUUCACGGUAGAAUGUUCUGUCACCGUGCCUUUGGCUGUUCCUACAAAUUGGAGUUUCUUAAUUUUCACUGAGUUUACUUUGAGAUGUGAUAAAA